UGUGGGGAAAAUAUAGUUGUUUCUCACAUGCCAGGAAAGGACUGUAGCAUUUUCCAAAUUAGGAUGUAGCCUACAAAUGUUCAUGCCUCUCUCAGCCAUUUAAUCUCCUGGGUGCCUCCGCCUUACCAUCUGUCCUUGUAUCCAGCUUCAUUAUUAAAAUGACUACUAUUUUUACAAUCUUACUUUGAAAAAUACCUGCCCUGGCAUAAUUGCACAAAGGAGUGAUGGGGUAAACAGGGCUUGCUUCAACUUUACAUUGCUGAGGGGAGCCAAAUGCAUUCAACACAUAAUAAUUUAAGAUAAAUAAGUCCACUGAUGCUCAAAAGUUGUGAUGGGAUUCUGAAGUUGGUCCAUUUACUUACCAGCAGAUGUCACUGUUGUUAGUAGAAAUUAUCUUGCAUGCCCUUUUCUUAAGGAUAUGAAAUCAGAAAAGAAGCUUCAUCAAAAGAAGACUAAAAUCUUCAUUUGCCUUGAGUCUUUUACCUCUCAGCCUUCUAAUUCCCCAUGACUUUUUCUUGAGUUUAAGAAAAACACUUGAUAUCACAAAAGUCCCAUUUACCAUAAUAAACAGUUUUCUAAGAGACUCCACUAUCUUUAAAAAAAUUUUUUAGGCUUCAUUGUCGUGCAGCAAAGCUGGAAAACAUGAAGCAAAUGUACUGUGGACUCUCUGAAAACAGAAGGAGCUGGUAAUUGAAAAAGGAGCAUCAUGGUCCACCCUGCUUUUUCUGUAGUUUUUGCUGUUCCUCAGUUACUGCAAAGUACUGCUAGAAUUUUUCCUGCUCGUUCUUCAUUAUUGUGGUUGAGGCACUCGGCUUCUUGUUACUGCACAGCCAAUGGCACAAUGAAAUCCAAAAGAGAAAUGGAUCAUCUGGAGAGAACAGCAAAUAACUUUCGACAGGAGGUUAUUUCUCCAGCAAAAGUGUGUGGAUUCACCAAUGAAUCUGAAACAGUUAAAAGGCUAUGUUUGGCUGUCAUAAAUAAGGAUUUUACUUUUAAAGCAGGACAGUGGCUAAAAAGCAGACAGAAGUUAUCCAUGCAUAAGCCGGCUUCCAAAUAUCUCAAAGGCCUGAAGGACAAAGGGGUAGACUUCUUUAUUCCUGGACUAGAUGUAGUUGGUGGAUUCUCCAUAUGUUCAAGCCCUGGUCUGUUGGAACAAGAGGGAGUAUUGGAACUGGCAGUAAAACAUACAGUACAUCCUCCUGCUCACUGGAUUCACACACAGUGCACCCUUGACUCAGAAGUAGCUCUGCGAGUGGGAGGCGACUUCUGCUUUGAUCCACAGCCUGGAGACUCUCCUGUAAACCUUGUUCUGAUAGCAGGAGGAGUAGGAAUUAACCCAUUGUUCUCCAUACUGCUACACGUAGCAGAUCUUUAUACCAGCCAAGAGACUAAGGGAAAUGGGUAUAAAAUGGGAACUGUGAAACUGCUCUACAGUGCAAAGAACACAAAUGAGCUCUUAUUCAAGGAAAAUAUCCUUGGUUUGAUGAAUGCAUUUCCUGGAAAGAUCACAUGCGACUUCCAUGUUACCCAGCAGAGUUUGCAAGUCUGUGAAGAACUUCAGCCUUAUAUUAUAGAGGGAAGAAUAUCUGCAAAGGAUCUGGAAAAACAUGCAUCUAAGGAUACUUUAUGGUACAUCUGUGGUCCACCUCCAAUGAUAGAAUCUAUAUCCAAGUUACUAAAAAACCUUGGUGUUCCUGCAGACUGCAUUUUCUUUGAAAAGUGGUGGUAGCAAUAGCUAUUUAGCAGAAACUAAACUAUAUAAAUUAAUUUAUAUAUUUUGUUAGACAAAAAAUAACUGAAACGCACAGAAGAUGGAUUCUGCUAUGAACUAACUAAAUGCAAGACAUCACUAGUUACACAUGGAAUCAUCCUGUAUCCAAUAACCAUUCUUAAUGAUACUAUAGUGCACUCUGAUUUAGGUCAUUAUAGUUUUACUGCUUUUGAAGAAAAGCAUGGUAUAUUUUAUAUUAAAGAUGAGAACCAUUUAAUUUUG